AUGGGCACGAGAAUCACUAAGCUGGCUUUACAUCCGUCAAAGAUCCAAUUUGUACGACCGAUCAGUUGCCGAGACAUGGUAUUUCUUGUGUCUUAUCGCACGCGAAACGUUCUCGAGCAACAAACAUGUAGAUGCAUUUCACAUUAUCCUGAUCAAACCACAACUGGUCUCAAGCCUUUAACCAACGAUUUUCCUUCUUUAAGUGAAACUAUCUUAAAACCUACAAUCGGAAACCAUGUGCUUACCUACGGUAUACCCAAGGCCUUGCACCUGGCGAUCCCUACGCCGGGUAGGUCUCAUCAUGAUAGGUCCCAGGUAACAUUUGCCACGCUCGGUGUACCCAACACAAAGGUUUUGAGCACCCGAGUACCGCCCAUCAACAGUACCUGGCACGCCUACUACAGCGCUGAAGAUCAAGAAACAGAAGUUCACCCUAUAGAUGAGGAGGACGCUUCUCCUUACGAGCAUUCAAGCACACAUGAAUCAGACACCCAGGUCGGCGAAGGUCAGUAA